AUGAGUGAUGGAGGAAGUAUUGGUGGAAUGGAAGAGUUGUGUUGUGUCUGGGAUGCCUUAUUUGCUGAGUCGCCACUGCUUAUGCAGAACAACAUGCCUCUCAACUACGAUCCCAUUCUGCUCAGGGAAGCCAUGCGUAUUGAGGGCGUCGAUACGCAUCGUUACAGCUUCAAACAUCUAUCGCAACUUAUAGGAAAUGACAAAUACUCUGGCCUCGUAGAAGCAGGGAUCAAUUGCUUAUUCAAGUUGCGUCGGGAGAUUAUCGACGCAUUUGCACAGGUUGAUAAUGAGAACGAAUUUUCUUUGGCGCUAGAUAAUGCUAAACACAAAAUUGUCUACGAAGCUUUCAGGUUGCGUAUGAUGAAACUCGGGAUCAAUGUGGACCAGCUCGUGGAAAGUGAAGGGAACAUCAGUAAUAGUAGCAAAUCAAUGAAUACGCUAUUAAACUGUCUAAAAGUGAUAAAUGAGUGUGGGCAAGUGAUUAACGAGCUGAAACAAGCAAAUAUUAUAUUGGAGAAACUGAAAAGGGAGAUUGUUAAGUAUUCCGAGACCAAAAAUUUGUUGGACAACUAUUCGAUAAACCUUUUGAAAUCAUAG